AUGAAUCGACAGCCAAGCUCGCAGCCUUCUCAGAAACCAUCGAGAAUGAACGUAUCUCAGCCUGGAGGACCAACGAAUGCCGACUUGGCGAGUAUUUUUGAAUGUCCUGUGUGUUUUGAUUAUGUUCUUCCUCCAAUUCUUCAAUGUAGCAGCGGCCAUUUAGUGUGCUCGAACUGCCGACCCAAAUUGACUUGUUGCCCAACAUGUCGUGGGCCUUUGGGCAGUAUCCGAAAUCUGGCGAUGGAAAAGGUUGCCAACACGGUAUCGUUCCCCUGUAAGUAUGCUUCGGCUGGCUGUGAAGUAAACUUACCACAUAAUGAAAAACCGGAACACGAAGAAUCUUGCGAGUUUCGUCCCUACUCAUGUCCUUGUCCUGGGGCUUCUUGUAAAUGGCAAGGUUCGCUGGACUCGGUCAUGCCUCAUCUGAUGCACGCUCAUAAAUCCAUCACAACCCUUCAGGGAGAAGACAUCGUUUUCUUAGCUACUGACAUAAACCUUCCUGGCGCCGUAGACUGGGUAAUGAUGCAAUCUUGCUUUGGACAUCAUUUCAUGUUAGUGCUCGAAAAACAGGAGAAAAUCGAGGGACUUCAACAGUUUUACGCUAUUGUACAGUUAAUUGGAACUCGUAAACAAGCAGAGAAUUUCGUCUAUCGUCUUGAAUUAAAUGGAAACCGACGAAGGCUUGCCUGGGAAGCUACACCGCGAAGUAUACACGAAGGAAUCGCCUCUGCUAUCUUAAACAGCGAUUGCCUCGUAUUUGAUACAAAUAUUGCUCACUUAUUUGCCGACAAUGGAAAUCUGGGAAUAAAUGUUACGAUAUCUAUGGUCAGUUAA